AUGGGCCCUGUUCCUUCAGAUUACUAUGUGGACCCAAAAACAGCAAUGCCAGAUUACGACCAAUUGACCACUGUCUAUGCUGGAGACAAACAUCUUAUCUCCAUUCGAAUAAAGGAGAAGAGCCGAAUUUGCUGGCAGUACAUGACCGAUGAUGACGACAUUGGCUUUGCAAUUCAUUUCGACCCUUCCUUCCAGGUAUCUCUAAAGAACUUUUUGGAUUGUGUAGCUUUUUGGCAGUACAUGACAGAUGAUGACGAUAUUGGCUUUGCAAUUCACUUCGACCCUUCCUUCCAGGCAAAUAAUCUAACCGAAAUGGAGAUUGUCUUCCCUUACAUCCGCCUUGAAUGCACAAAUGUUCCCAUCUCUGGUCAUUAUGUUGCGGAAAAAGCGGGAAACUACAUUAUCGAGUUUGACAACUACUAUUCAUGGUUCUCGGCUAAACAACUUCGUUACAAUAUCGAAAUCGAGGAGUUAUAG